CAGUGUGAGGUGCUGCUUUUCUCCCGAGCUGUCGGAGCGAUGUGGCCCUUUGGUGACGUGCGAGCUGGGGGCCCUGGGCUCUAUUUAAUCCUAGUGAUCGGACUAUGGCGGGUCAUGGCCAGUGCUGGAGCCGUGUGGCCGCAGGGGGCGGCGGGGAGCAGCCGGGAGCGGAGGAGCGCGGGGCUCGUGGAGCGAGCUGCCGUGGAGGAGAUGUGCAGUGACCCGGGGCCCUUCCAUGACCGGCUGGCCAAGGAUACUCACACGUACUCAUUUGACCUGAGUGAAGAACUCACUCUAGUGUGGAUUGGAGAUGGAACUGGGGUGAUUCUUGUGCUCACUACAUUCCGGAUUCCACUGUUUGUCAUGACCUACUUACAGUCCAAGCUCUACAGAAGUGAUGAUUAUGGAAAGACUUUUCAGGAAAUUACAAUACAGCUCAAUGACACUUUUGUUCGGACAGAGUUUGGCAUGAGUCUUGGGCCAGAGAAUUCUGGGAAGGUGAUCCUGGUUGGGGAUGUGCCAAGUGGAAGCUCAGGUGGACAUAUCUUCAGAUCAUCAGACUUUGCAAAUAAGUUUAUUGAGACUGAUCUGCCUUUCCACCCUCUUCUUCCAGUGUCCUAUAACCCAGAAAACUCUGACUGUCUGUUUUUUGUCAGCACGCAAUAUGAUUUAUGGAUUUCCAGAAACUUUGGAGAAUCAUGGAAAAACAUACAUCAGAAUGUGUGUGCUGCCAAAUGGGACUCUGGCAACACCAUCAUUUUCACAACAUCCGUUAAUGAAUCCUGCUCAUUAUCCCCAACACACACUAUGAAGAGGACUUCAGACUUUGGCCAGGUAUUCAAGGUGCUGAUUGACCGUGUCUUCUCAUUUGGACUCUGGGGUCGUUUUCUGUUGGCUUCUGUAAUGGAGGAGGACAAAAUCAAUAGGAGGAUUUAUGUUUCCAAAGAUAAAGGAGAGAAGUGGAAUAUGGCGCAGCUUCCAUCUGUGACACAUGAACAGUUUUAUUCUGUACUGGCUGCUAAUGAUGACCUGAUGGUUAUACAUGUGGAUGAUGUUGGGGAUACUGGGUAUGGAACUAUAUACACCUCAGAUGAACGUGGUAUUGUGUAUUCUAAGUCACUAGAGCGACAUCUUUAUACCACAAGAGGAGGAGAAACAGAUUUUACUAAUGUAACAUCUCUACGUGGAGUCUUUAUUGCCAGUGUGCUCUCUGAAGAUAACACCGUUCAUUCAGUAAUCAGUUUUGAUCAGGGGGGAGAAUGGACUUCCCUUCGAAAGCCAGAAAAUACAAAGUGUGACUCAACAGCACAGGAUCCAGAAAGGUGCAGUCUGCAUAUACAUGGUCAGUACAGUAUAUCCCAGAACCUGCUGGUUCCCAUGGCUCCAUUGUCUGAGCCCAAUGCUGUGGGGAUAAUCAUUGCUCACGGCAGUGUGGGGGAUGCAGUGUCAGUAUCUCGUCCCAGUGUAUACCUUUCAGAUGAUGGGGGCUACUCGUGGAGCCUUGUGCUGGAUGGUCCACAUCAUUAUGCAAUCCUUGACUCGGGGGGGCUCAUUGUGGCUGUAGAGCAAAGGGAACUUCCUAUCAGCACAAUAAAAUUUUCAACAGAUGAAGGACAAUGUUGGUUUAAUUAUACAUUUACCAAUGACCCUGUUAUGUUCACUGGUUUGGCAUCUGAGCCAGGUGCUCGUUCCCUAAAUGUCACAGUAUGGGGUUAUCGCCCAAGCUACCUGCAACGUGUCUGGGUGUCUUACACUGUUGACUUUGCCGUUCUCCUUCAGAAAAUCUGUGUUGAGGAUGACUAUAUUAAGUGGUUGUCACAUUCAACUGACCCCGGUGCACCAGCUGAUGGUUGUGUUUUAGGAUAUAAAGAGCAUUAUCUACGUCUCCGAAAAUCUUCUAUGUGUCAAAAUGGACGGGACUAUUUUGUGAACCGAGAAAACACAUAUUGUACUUGCACGCUUGAUGACUACAUGUGUGACUUUGGAUAUUUCCGUAAGGAGAAUGAGUCUGAAUGUCAGGAGCAGCCAGAGCUCCGAGGCCAUGAGCUAGAUCUGUGUUUGUUUGGAGAAGAGGAGAAACUCACAACCAGUGGCUACAGAAAGAUUCCUGGAGAUAAGUGUGCGGGAGGAGUAAAUCCAGUGCGAGAGGAAAUGGACCUGAGAAAAAAAUGCACAAAUGGCUUAGAACAAACAUCACGGGAUGGAGCGUACUCGAGCCGAAUCCCUGUCAUUCUGUCGGUGGUUAUUGUUCUACUAGUUGCUGUUGCUGCUGCUGUCCUGAUAAUCAAAAAAUAUAUCUGUGGAGGGAGGUUUUUGGUGCAUCGAUACUCUGUCCUGAGACAGCAUGCCGAUACACAGGGGGAUGAGCCACUUGACACCAGUAUUACAGAUCCACGACGGGGCGGUCAUUUUCAUGAUGACUCUGAUGAGGAUCUUUUAGAGUGAUAUCUGCUGCACGUUGCUGUGGCCUAAAGGAUCAUAUGAGAGCCAGCUCAAGGCUUGAAUAGUUGAAUUGAUUUAUGGACUUCACUUCCAGAUGAAGUUCAAGUGAGAUCAAGGAUGCUGGAGUGUAUCAGGAACUCCUUUCUCAUCCUGCUCCUGGCAGCAACUCAGUAGCUGGAAUGUUGACAUAGCUAUUUACAGAAUUUGGAUGGGGAUGAUAUUGAUGGUGGCAGCUUGCGUGAAAAGCCUUUACCUAUGAGUAAUUAUCUACCAGCUCCAGGAUGUCUCCAGUUUUCUCUGCAAAUAUUCUUCCUCCCCCCCUCCCCCUUUUUCUUUCAUUUUGGUUGUUGCAAGCUUUUUGGGCUGAAAUGAUUUGGCAGUUAAUUAAAACACUGUAUAUAUAGAUUAUUGCAAAACAUUCAAUUAUGUUUAAUGCACUGGUUUAAGGUUUAGGUAGUUUUACAUUUCUGUGCAUCUUUGUAAAAAAAAAAAAAAAUCCCUUUAAACUCAAGCAAUAAUGGACUUCAAUGUGGACUUUUCUCUUUGAAUAGGAGCUCCUUCAAAGAAAAAUAAUUUCCAUUUUACCCAUGGAUCUUUAAAAUUGCAUUACUAUUGUAUAUACUUUUUUAAUUUGUAAUAUUUGCCUUAGAUGCUGAAAUUUGACCGUGUUAGACCAGGGGCUGUAU